CAAACAACUGAUCACAUCAGUUGAGCAAGACUUCAUGCAUUGAGCGAGCAACGCUGUUGACAGAUGCUGAGAGAAGAGCUGUGAUUGGUCCGUCGCGGUGGGUGUUCCGCAUUCUGCAAAGAGCUGUCGGCAGAAGCGCGAGUUGGAGAGGGGACCGUCGCGUCUGUGAAGGAGCCUCCUCAGUCAUUCCCAGAGGAAUAGCGAUCCACCGCCAGGAAGCAGGGAUGCCCUACAUGUUCAUCAGUACACAGAUCCGAUUGGAGAAUGGUCCAACAAAUGUGGGAGAUGAAUAUUCUGAUGCAACUGUGAUGAAUUACCUGGGAGCAAGGAAAACAACCAUGCUGGGAAACAAUUUUUCCGAGUACCAUGUGGACGACCCACCUCGCCUGGUGUUGGACAAGCUGGAGCAGAUUGGCUUCCGCGUGCUGACAAUGACGGGGGUGGGACAGACGCUGGUGUGGUGCCUCCACAAGGAGAUGGAGUGAUGGGUCAUGGAGCAAGUGUUGACUGUAUCAAAAUGCCUCUAGAAGCCGUUAAAAGGAUGAAUGAAUCAUGCUUUUUUUUUUUUACUUUAAAGUUCUACAUUCGACACAGUGACAGC